AUAAAAUGUUAAAUGUCAAUAAAAAAUUAUUUAUCCGGUCAAAAAGUUUAAAAAUGUAAUACGUAAGUUUUUAUUAUAGCUAAAAUAUUAACGAUACAUAGGCAUCAUGGUUAUUUUUUAUAAGCAUUUAAAGUUAAAAUUUCGUCAAAACCAUAGUUAAUUAGUUUGUAGUUCAAAACUUAUAAAAUAUUAAAUGUGUAUAGCUAAGGCUAGAAAAUUUAAUACAAGAAGUUCAUACUUUUAUCGAAAAAAUUACAGAUAAUUUUAGGAAAAUUGGUAUGCAAAUACAAUGUUUUUUCAAAAAUGAAUUCAUUCUGGUAAGACGUAUAUGGAAUUUACGUCGUUAUACGUAGUAUACUUAAAAAAAAAUAAAAAUAAACAAAUCAGUGGCGACCAUUACGUAUCUAAACAAGUGCUCAAGCACUCCUUUCAUAAUUACAAACAGGGUUUGGCAAUUAUAGAAAUUAUAUUAAGAUAUUUUAUAUCUAUAGUUCUAUAAUAAUUCAAAUAUUUAAAAAAAAAAUAACUGAUUGAAAAUAAAUAAAAUACUGUCUUCGGUAUAAGCAGUCUCUGAUAGGAGUUGGUCAUUGUCACAAAUAUUCCCUUUCCCAAGUAAAUUGUAAUGACCAUCGUGAGAAAAGUUUGAGAUCCGCGGGCGGUGACAAAUGUUAAACAGGUGGGAGAAAAUUCUGUCCAUUGCGUGUUGCUGUUCGUUGCAAGCCUCACUCCUCAGGCAGCUUCUAGACUCGUUAGAAGACUGCCUUUGUGCUUUUUCUCAACACCAUCGUCUUCGGACCAUAAUUAUUUUGCGAAUUAUUGCAUUUAUUUUAUUUAAUUAAUUAAUAUUAACCUACUGCACUCAACUAAUUAUCAUUUAUCAAUGGAUCCAGUUGACUACAAUGUAAAUGACAUCGCGGCAGAACCUGCAGAUGAACCAGUAAUCGGAUCACCUCAGGAACCUCUAUCCAAAACAAUUCCAGGACUUCGAGGCAGUUCAACAAUAUAUAUUGAUAGACUAGGAUUCGUCUAUUACCAGCAUUCCAUUAGAGGAAAUAACCGGUAUUUGAGAUGUGAGAACCGUCGUUAUGGUUGUCCGGUGUCAGCAAAAAUGGCAACAGUUGUUGGAGCGCCAAUACUGAUUUCUCCAGCACAUGAACAUAGACAUGAACCCAUACCCAACCAUGCAGUGGAAUUGCGAGGUUUUAUGAACAUACUUAGGGAAAGGGGCAAUGCGGAGAACAUUGUUCCACAGAACAUUGUUGAUCAAGAGGCACAUCAAUAUCCCAGAGCAGCGAUGGAAGUGGGACGUCCAGCGGCAGUUAGGGCUAUUGCACGGGCUAGGCGUAGGAACAGCCCACCUGUUCCGGAAACGCUAAGGAAUUGGGUAGAUAUAUUCAAUUCCAAUGAAUGGGGCCCAAGACUGCGUAAUGUGAACGGUACAAUGGCGCCAUUUUACCAAGGUCCAUUAGAGAUAUUGAACGAUGAUGGAAGUGUUCGCUUUGUUGGAAUUGUCUUCACUAACAACACGUUCGUGCAAGAAAUAAAUGUACAUUUAAAUAGUGUAAGGACUAUAUGUAUGGAUGGUACUUUUCAAAUAAGACCACGACAGCCAGCUGAUAUAAAUCAACUAUUUACUAUCCAAAUAAUUUUUAACAAUGUGGCAAUUCCAAUCGUACACGCGCUGAUGGUUGAUCGCAAUACAGAGAGCUACUGCCGUUUACUUCAGUUUGUAAGGAAUGAACUGCAGUUAAACAUCGAUUACACCAAUAUCCAGAUCAUUACUGAUUUUGAACAGGGUCUGAGAAAUGCUAUAGCUAGGGUGUUACCAGAAGCCAACAAUUCUGGCUGUUGGUUUCAUUAUAUCCAGAGCAUUAUUCGAUAUGUUCGAAGCCAUCAAAUGGUGAAUUUGUGCACCAUUAAUGAAAAUGCAAGGCAAAUUCUGAGAAUGUUGAUGGCUUUGGCUCAUUUACCUUCUACAGAACAACUCCACCACGGAAAUGCUCAUUCAAUCCAAUUGGGAUUUAGGCUGAUACAAGACCUAGUUACUGACUAUAACUUGGAAGAUCAAUUGGCAGAUCUAAUGAGGUAUUAUGAGCGGUACUGGAUGGAUACUGUGACUCCACGGAGAUUCACAGUAUUCAGGCUACAGUAUAGAACAAACAACUAUAUAGAGUCAUACCACGCAUCACUGUUACGGCUAAUGGGCCAACACCCAACAUUGUAUGGAUUCUAUGAUCACUUGAGAACAGUUGAAGAGAGAGGACGAAAUGAUUUCAGUCGAGCAGUCAACGGGCAGAGGGUAAGGCAAGCUGAUUACAGGGUUUACCCGCGUAACGACAUAACUAUACAAAAUGCGUGGAUUAAUGUAGAGAACGGCAACUACAAUCUUAGUGAUUUUAUAAGGAAUGUGGCGUACACGCCAGAGCAAAUAAUCAGAAACGAAAUUGGGGAGCCCAAUUUUCCACAUCAAGCUAUAGUACCAGGUAUUAAUAUACGACCACUUGCGCCACCUGCACCAUUGCCACGGCCAGCUUUUAGGCCUUUGAUAUUGGGACCAGUGCGCCCACCGCCACAUCAACCACUUUUGCCUCCUCAACCAAUUGUUCAACCACCUGCGGUAUUGCCAAUGCGUCCACUGUUGCCCGUUCAACCAAUCCACAUAUUUCGACCAUUGUCACCAGGUUUAGAGGAGCCAAUCCGUCCACCAUCACCAGAGAUACCCAUAGAGGAGAUAGUUAUUGAAGCUCCUCAGAGGAGGGGACCAGGUCGUAUCCGUGGUCGAGGUAGAAUGAGGCAUGAAGAACUUGACCGACCUUAUCCUAUAGACAAUCGUGGACGUGGAAGAAGAACACGAGUGAGACGCGUAAAUGCUGACAUUAGAAGAGGUCCAGGUCCAAACUUUGGUCGACCUUGGGCAGAAGUCUACAUGGAUAAUGAGAAUGAACCAGAGCCAGCAAUUUUACUGCCGAUUAAUAACCACCUGCCACUUCCUGUCGUCAAUGCAGAUAUCUUGGAAUUAUGCUGCAUAUGUUUUGAAAUGGUGGUGGUGGUAACGUUGGUGCCUUGUGGACAUCAGUUCUGCGACAUUUGUGUUAGAAGAAUGAUACAGGAACAAUAUGAGGUAGUACAAAUGAAGAAACUUGACAUUAAGAGCCUAGUAGUUUCUGACAACGGAUCAGUAAUAUUAAUAAAUCUUUAAGAACUUGAGGAAGAAAAUAAGAUGCUAACAACAUAAAUUUCAAUGAGGGAAAGAAAUAAUAUAUUCUUGUCUGUAUACUGCCAACAUCUCAAGACUUCACGUCCCCAAAAAAUGUUUAAUUUAUAUAAUUUAUUUAGUUAUAGAAAUAAAUGCCCUAUUUAUUUUUAUGUAUGUUGUAAUAAAAUUUAAAAAGGUUUCUUAGUAUGAUUAAGUGAUGGUUAAUUUUUUAGAAUCAAUAAUGACUUAAAUUUUAUUUUGUUUACUCUCAUAGAUAUAUAUAUAUAUAUUAUAUUCUAAAUGUUUAAAUUAAUAUUAUUGCUAAUAUUAAAUUGAUGAUUGUUAUUAAAAUUAUUCUUAAUAUUUGUAAGACAAGUUGUAUGGCCUGUGAGUUUAAUUUUAUUUUAAUCAAUAUGUGUGGUAACUUUAAAUCAAAUUUACA